AUGUCAAUUCUCGAUAUCCCCGAGCUCGCAAACCUGCUCGCCUCAUACCUCUCCCUCCUCGACCUAUCAAUCUGUAUCCGCGUCAGCAAAUCCUGGAACUACACAUUUGUCCCGCACAUUUGGCACAUUAUCCCCCCACCGGCAUCCAUCUUUAUGGCGCAGUCAACACAUGAGAGCGCGGAACUCUUGCGCCUUGCCACUCGAUCCGACUUUCUUGCUGCUCAACAACAACCUCAGGAUUCUUCUCAAGGAAUUAACAACAAGGCUGCAUGCUCGGCAACCACCACUACUACCACCGCCACAGUCGAUCCAACCCAAGACUCAACUAGUCCGGAACCGACCGAACAAGAACUACUGCUCCACCUGCUCAAAUACUGUCCUAACCUCCAAUCUCUCCAUCUUGAUCAGUGGAGUGGUACCAAUGCUGAUCUGGACUUUUGGAGGACGUUUGCCAGAGAUGUGGUCCCCAGCCUUGUCCAAUUCCGCGUUGAGUUCACUUACCAAUGCCCCAACAGAGAGAAGCCUUAUACUGGUCCGGUGACUGUGUCAAUCCCUCCGAUCCUGAUCGACAAGUGCUCUUCAAUGAUGAACCAGCUGACCAUUCCUUACACCAACGUGUUUCUGGAAACGUCUCUUCAAGAGCAGGAACAAGAUCAAGAUGUCGAGGCGGCAGCAAUGGUAUCAAUUUCUAAUGAGGCGAUAGAGGAUGCUGGGGAAGAGAAUGAGGAUCCGGCUGGCAACGAGGAGUCAUUGGAACUGGCAGAGUGUACCAAGCUCAGGCGACUUGAGAUCGAUAACAGCACUGCAUCGUCUCUCCGUCUCUUGGCCGACGCCCUCAGAACCGGUCUCCCCAAUGUCGACGAAAUCGAGAUUAGCUAUGGCGACCAUUAUAACGACGAGUUUGUCGCCGAUGCCGUGGUCGCCAGCGUCCUCUCUGCUAACCGCAAGGGGUGGAGAAAUGUCUCCCUGCCCACUUUGGAUACACUUUCUUCCGAAGCUCUGGUGCAGCACUCGACCACACUCGAAUCCCUCCAGGUCAGGAAUACGCCUGGAUUUACCAGUGCUCAAAUGUGCCAGAUCCUCUCCACAAGCCCCUACCUCCAUACGUUCAUGAUCCUCUCUGAAGGCGAGUGUGUGGAACCGCAUGUGAGCCACAUCCUGGCGGAGGACUUUAUCGACCUCGACCCUGUUACAAACUCCCUCCGACCUUGGCCAUGCGUGUCCACUCUUAAACUAUUCCGUGCCAAGAUCCUGGGUAUCCCAAGGCCCGAUAUUACCCAGACGCACUAUGGUUGCACUCGUGGCGAGCCUGCGGUGGGGAAUGGCGAAGAAGGUAAUGGGGCGGUGGUGCUCCAGGAGACGCAUUCGGGUCAGGGUCGUGAACUCCAAGCUCAUGUGUACGAGCGUUUGUCUAGUUUCACAAGACUCAAGGUACUCGGGCUAGGUCACGACGACCGUGAUUUUGGGAACGAAAACAAUUUUGUGGAGGAACCGAGCGGCGCUUGGGUAUUGGGGGACCAAGCGUACCAGUACGAGUGUUUGGAGAUGAGUCUCGACAGUGGGUUGCAGAAGUUGGAGACGUUGAAGGAUCUGGAGGAGGUGAAUGUUUUCCGGAUGGCAACGUGUGUGGGAGUUCAGGAAGUAAAGUGGAUGACGAAGGCGUGGCCGAGACUGGUGAGUGUGGAAGGGUUGAAUGCUGAUACGAAUGAGGAGAGGGCUGAGACCUGGUUGAGAAGGUACUGUCCAGGGAUCCUGUCGAAUCCAUGCAGUUUUGAGCUUUAA